AUGUUUCUCUUCACCAAUGAGAAGAAUGUGAAGUACGAAAAGUUGACUAGCGAGGUCGACUCAGAGCAGGAGGAUAAGCUUGAGAAUUCGUCGCCACGGCCGCUCUCACGACUCCAGAAGAAUGGACUAAUAUACGUUCUAAUUCUGUCUAAUCUAAUUAGCGGUCUGUUGAUAAUUGCAACAUUCACUCGGCAAGGACAGCAAACGGAUUAUUCGUUUGGGAGCGGCUUUAAGACCGAUUUCGACUCAGCUCGAGAACACAUUGACUUGGAACACCUGAUAUUUUCUGGGUCUCCAUCAUUUACCUAUACAGGUAUUGAGUUCCAGCAUAAACCAGCCAAGGUUCAAUAUGUUGGCAAGCCAGGUCCAGAGAUCGACCAGGCUUGGGAAGAUUUGGUGGCAGGCGAAGAGUUCCUGGCAACAGAAGAAGAAGUUGAAGCUCAAUGGCCGGAUGAUGUGAGCGAGUUAUGGGACAAAGAUCGUGGUGGUUAUGUGAUUAGUCUCGAUGUUUUUCGCACGCUAGGUUGUCUGGACUUGUUGCGUCGCGGUUUGUCUCCAUCAUACUAUAACCUGACUUACGAUGAGAACACUUCAUCUACAAUGAGUGAGCUUGUCUCCUACAACAGGCUUUAG